AUGGAUCGUCUGAAUACCUUGGAGAAAAGCUUACCUCCGGAGGGUCCGGUCAACGACCAAAACAUUGAUCGGCUUAAUCAGCAGGUAACGCAGGAAUUCAAAUUAGCCGCCAACGCUGUGAGCAGUCUGUACCGGCUUUCCUCAGAACGGAGCUCCCUCAGCAGGCACCAGGGGUAUGUGGACUGUCUGGAAGACGUGCUGGAGCUGCUGGGAGAAGGAUGCUCGGCUCGGGAGCUGAUGACAUGGUGCCAGGAGCGGAAGCUGGAAAAGUCCGGCAACACCAGCAGCACCACGAAGAGCUCUCCGACGUUCCGGCUGUCACGCCCCGCCAUGUCGGUGGAGCGUGCCCCGAAGCGCGUGUUGCAGCCUCAGCUCACGGAGAAGUUCGUCCAGCAGAGGGGCGACGAGACCAAAGAGCACAAGCGGCGGACCAAGAAGCCUCGGUCGUAG